AUGGAGUUUGAAUAUGACAACCCCGCCAGGGCCCACGAGGCCGACAUGGAGCGGACUAUACAGGAGCUCAACAAGAGAAAGAGAGAGCUUGAGGAGGCAAUCCAGGAGCCCUCACCAGAAGACACACUGGAGAUCUUUACCAAGGCAUAUGAAGAAGUUGCCGAGUCCAAACCGUUCCUUCCUGCGCCAGGCUCGGUUCUGCCAGCCCUGCUUGCCAUCAGGAACGCACGCAACACAAUAAAUGAGUCCAAUGAGUAUCUGGAAUCAAAGGCGAAGUCACAGGAUGAGUUGGCUCGAAAAUUGGAGGCCGAAAAGACGGCCCUGCGAGAGCAACAGGCGCUGAAAACAGCUUUGGAGAACCGUAUUCAAUCUCUACGGGACGGGCUCGAGAACAAGCAAGAAAAGACGCCGGAGCAGAUGGCCAAGGAGCGCAUUGCCGAGCUCAAGCGACAAAAAGAGGAGUGGGAAAACAGAACAGCCAAAUUAACCAAGGACCUUGAUUGGUUCAUUGAAGAGCACUUGGGGCCUAUGUUGGCAGCCGAAGAGCUCGGCGGGCCGGUUGUUGGGCAGCUGACGGACAUCGACCCUGAAGAUCUGAGUGCUGGCUUCAGUGCUCAGGGGAAGCUGAAAAAGGCUAAAGACCAGCCAGACAUUGACAAGCGACAGAGACGAAUAGACGAGAUCUGGGGAGCUCAGGACCAGCAAGGCGAGAGCAACAAGAGAAAACGAGAGGAGGACGAAGCAUCUGCUGCGGUUGCUGACAUUAGGCGUCUCAUUGAGCAACUGAUGAACAAGCUGGUGGAGUCACAAGGUGACAACUCGGCAAGCUACUUGAAGAUAUCCAAGGAGACAGCCGCGGUCCGGUUUCUCGUCCGAUCCAAGGUCGCCUCAUUUCAUCCCAAGGAUGCACAAAAGUUGCGACUUGUAGAUUUCGGGAGGGAUAUUGAUGAUUAG